CACUUGACCAUAGGAGAGGGAGAGGGAGACGCUCAAAGAGACUCGAGCCUCCGCGAGAGGAAGGGUGGCUACUAGAAGAGAGGGUUAACCUCAGCAAAGUCCUUAGCAAAGGCCGACGUCCCAUCAGGCGUGCACGAGUAAAUACCCGUAAAUCGUAGAGAAGACAGCGCGGGGAGCCUAGCCUUCUUUUCUUUUAUUUGUCCGGGAUUUCAUUUCUCUCUGGUUUUCUUUUUCCAUUGAAGUUCGUUCUUUUUGAGAUUGAUUCUACUCGUUUCCUUGAAAACCCUAAUUGAUUGAUCAGUUUGGGGCCAAUGUCUUUCAAAUCAGGGGAUACGAUUACCAAAGUGCUGAAAAAAGUUGGGGCAGAGAAAUUAGGAAAAGGAGUAAAAGAAACGGUGAAGAAAUUCACACCAAGUAAUGGUAGUAAGAUUACAAUGGGAAGAGCUAAAAGAGGUCUUUAUGGUAGUGUGCAUAUUCAAUUUGGUGAUCAAGUUAGUGAAGAUGGUGGUAACAGGACAAGGCGAACAUGGAAACCAAACGUACAGGAAAAACGACUCUUCAGCUACAUACUUGAUCGUCAUGUUCGUGUCAAGGUCACCACACAUGCACUACGGUGCAUUGACAAGGCAGGAGGGGUUGAUGAGUACCUACUGAAAACUCCAUACCAGAAGAUGGACACAGAGAUAGGUUCUUACUGGAAAUCUACAAUUGAAAAGAUGUACGAAGAACGCGGGCAAAUGGACAUAAGAUUUUUCUCGCCCGAGGAAAAAGCUCUUAGGGAAGCAAGAAGAAAGGGAUACAAGGGACCAGGACAACAAAAGAAAAUCACGGAAGAAAUCUCAGACCUAGAAAUAAGUGAGGUUCUCGCAGAUAGUGAUGUGCACGAGCCGCUGGUUGCUCAGUUUUGAAAGUUAGUCUGGGAAAACAAAAGAGGAUCAAACCUAGGCUGAUAAUUGAACACUUUUAGGUGAUUCUAGCACCUUUAUUCGCCAUGAAGGAGGUUGUGUUUGUUUUACUUUGAUGUAUUGAUCGGCACUGGUCUAUUUUUCAUGACUUAAUAUUCACGUUGUUUCAUUUUUGUUGCUCGUAGAGGAGUCUGUCUGAUAAUAGUUAGAUAAUUCAUUUAAUCUACAGUAUAUUAUAAGGAGACA